AUGGGAUGCACAGCAUCAGUAGGAAAAGCUAAAAUCAUUAGGAAUGAAUCCGAAAGAAUAAAGAAAAGUAAUAAACUCGUCAAAAGAACACCGAGAAAGCUAAAAGAAUGCGAAAAGACAAUGGAUUGUAUUCCACACCUGUCAGUAAAGGAGUUAUUCAAAAUUUGCGAAGUUGAUCCUUGUUUGGAAGAGUCUGGGCAGAUACAAUUUUCUUGCCGCUUUGACUUGCCUGGCAACUCAGAAAUCGAAAAAACCAAAAAUUUAACUAAUCAAUAG